AUGUUCAGAUCUGACCUUCCUCUCGAGGCUCGAUAUCAGAACCACCCACACUUUGUACGCCAGAUAUACGGUGCCAUUAUCACGACCAAGUUCACGAAGCGUUUCGAAGAGAAACUAACGGGACAACCUGAAGGUUCGAUCAAGAAAUACUUCGAGGCAGGCGCUAUACUCUCACGGCUUGUGCCACUCAAAGGGCUCGUCUUUGUGAGGGUGCAGUGGUAUGACCGCAAAACAGGAGAGCCAUGGCCCAAGCUAUGUCUGGAGACAUUCGUCCCCAUCAUCCCGAUGAACGACAACUGGUAUAGAGAGGACAUAGGCAUGGAACGCGGCAAGGGGAAGACAGCACUGACAGAGAGAGACGUCGAAAAGAGGAUGAGUCUACAGACGAAAGGGAUGAUGGGUUUGGAGGACCUCCUUGACUUCAGAUGGUUCCAUCUGUAUGAAAUCGAGGUGGGUGCCGAUGUGAAUGGUGACCCAGAUGCGAUAUGGAAGCACUGCUUUCUGGACAAGGAAUAA